CGGCCUUGGCGCGGGGCACGCCGGGAGUACGACGGAAGGGAGGUUCGCGGCGCCGACGCAGACGUAGGAAGCGAGAAGCGGCCGUCUGCCGCUACCUCAGCGGCGCUUAGUCGGGCAACGGCCCCCUGGCCUCACUCGGGGACAGUGUUCUUGCCGCGGCCGCCGGCCAUGUACCACAGCAGCACGCAGCGGCGGCGCUGGACCUUCGGCAGCGAAGAGGAGCUGGUCCGGCGCCGGGCCGACGCCAACCGCAAGUUCCGGUGCAAAGCGGUGGCCAAUAGGAAGGUUCAACAGACAGACCCGUUUCUUCUUGAGCCGCAUGAAGAAUUGACCAUUUGUAAAUACUACGAAAAAAGGUUAUUGGAUUUCUGCACUGUUUUCAAGCCGGCGAUGCCUAGAUCUGUGGUGGGAUCAGCUUGCAUGUACUUCAAGCGUUUUUACCUCAAUAACUCAGUGAUGGAGUAUCAUCCUCGGGUUAUUAUGUUAACAUGUGCAUUCUUGGCAUGUAAAGUAGACGAAUUUAAUGUGUCCAGUACACAGUUCGUGGGCAACCUUCGUGAAAGUGCAGUAGGACAGGAAAAGGCCCUGGAACAGAUCUUGGAAUAUGAGCUGCUACUUAUACAGCAACUGAACUUCCACCUCAUAGUGCACAACCCUUACAGACCAUUUGAAGGCUUCUUGAUUGAUCUAAAGACUCGUUACCCAUUGCUUGAGAAUCCUGAGACACUGAGGAAGACUGCUGAUGACUUUCUCAAUCGGGUUGCUUUAACAGAUGCCUGCCUUCUUUAUACACCGUCUCAGAUUGCUCUCACUGCCAUCUUGUCCAGCGCAUCGAGGGCAGGAAUUAAUAUGGAAAGUUACUUGUCAGAAUGCUUAAUGCUGAAAGAGAACAAAGCUUCCCUCUCCCAGUUACUGGAUGGGAUGAAAUGCAUGAAAAAUCUGGUAAAGAAAUAUGAACUACCUCAUCCAGAAGGAGUUGCUCUUCUAAAACAGAAGUUAGAGAAAUGUCACAGCCCAGAACUUGCUCUUAAUACGAAUGUAAAGAAGAGAAAAGGUUAUGAAGAUGAAGACUACGUAACAAAGAAACCUAAAAUGGAGGAGGAUGAAUGGACAGAUGAUGAUUUCAUAGACUGACUGGAUGUCUCCACAGAUGAAAUCCCGAAUACUUAAAUGGAACUUUAGUGCCUGAGAACAUGUUGCACAUUCCACUACUGCAGUGAAAAAGAUAUUAUUACUAAUGUAAAUAAAGCAGUUAUUUUACAGAGUGGGUGGAAUAUUUGAAAUUACUUCAAUGGUAUUGCUACAAACUGUCACUGUUCUUUUGGAUUUUAAUUGGCUGUAACCUGUUUCCUGGUAGCAUGUUUUGUAUACCAACCAAAAGCUUAAAAGCAAUGUCAAAAUAUCUAAAAUUUAAGCACCACAUAUUCAUAGGUAUUACUUGAGAUACAUUGGAAUUUUUUGAAAUACACUAGUUUCUGAUAUUUGUGGUGAUGAGAAAGACAGACUUUCAGGCAGCAAUAGUUCACCCUUGUCCCUGUUGAAGGUACUACUGGCUUAAUCCUUUGAACUCAGCCUUUGGCAGAAUAGAACACCUGGGGACAGAAUACUUCCUUCACGGGUUCCUCCUGCUACAGUAGUGCUGUUUUUGCAUUGUAUGCAAGAGGCUUAACCCCUGAAGAGGUUUGGUUUGCUGGCAGGUUGUGUUAGGUUGGGGGAUCUUAUUCUAGCCUCUUUCUUUCCACACAAAAAAUAUUAUUUAUUGUUCAUACGGUACUUCAUACUGAUCCAGCACUGAGACUGGAUCAGAACUGAUCAAACAAAAAACAGGAAAAUGCAGGCAAGACAAAUCAUUUUCUAAUCACCUAGAGGCACUGUCUUUUUCUUCUUUGGAAAUAUCUAAAUAUUGAAUCACUAGGCAGAAAAAGCAGCCAGAUGUAUGCUAUAAAACUGUUUAAUAAUGCAUGCAUGCCUAAUACAAUGAUCAAUAAAUUUACUGAGUUCAAAUUAUUUACUGUUGUAAACAUUUUUUUAAAAGCAUCAUGAUUUAUCUGGAUAUACAGUCCUUGAUGGAAAAUUAUUCAAAACAAUGUGGCACAUUAAAAAAAAGCUGACAAAAUCCAGUCUGCAUAUUCUUUCAGCACAACUCUAAACGAGAGAAAUAGAAUGGUAUAAAAAGUGUACAGCAAAGAUUUCCUAUCAAACUCUGGAAGCUGUAAAUACAAAUUAAAGUGGUUGAACAGUUCUAAUAUAUUUGUAACCAAUCAAAUUACAGUAAGACGUGUGUUCUAUCCAGUUAUACUUUGCUGUCAAAACAUUUCCUUGGCAGUUGACUCUAAUUUUAUCCAAAACACAGCAAGACUUUGGCAAUUGUAGGUGUUGAAAUAACUUGAAAGUUCAAAGAGACAGUCACAGUAUUUUCUUUGUGGAAGGUGAUCUGUACACCAAGGCUCAGAGGUUGUGAAAAUUGGUUCCAAGUGGAAGAAAGUGCAAGUGUCCUGCACACAUAGCUUAAAGCUGUUCUUAUGGUCAGUCACCAACAGGUUCUUUGUUUUGUUUUUUGCAUAGUUCACACAUCACUGGAAAUGUGUGUGCUAUUUUUGGCAAGAGCAAAAAGGAAGUGAUAUUGGUGAAAGUUGUCAUGUUGGACAUGCUGGAACAUGCAGAAAGC